UUUGGUGCAGCGACAUUCGUCAUGCAACGGGCUGCGUGGUGGAUGGAAGCACGGGACGACGCGCGUGGCCGACGGCUGCGGCAUCUUGGAUCGUAUGCCGCCGACGAUAGUGACGAGAUGAGUACUACAACGAUCGCACUGAUCGCGAGUGUGAGCACGUUGAUGGUGGUCUUACUCUUGUACCUUGCCUGCCGGAUGAACGCUCGGUUGCACAAACGGCACCAUGAUUUGCGCCGUGAGGUACGUCGCAUCCAAGCAACCCGUGCCGUCAUGGAACGAAGCAAGCAAUCGUCGUACCACUCGACUCAUGACGGCGAGACUGGAGUGAGCGUCGGGCUUGGUCACGUCCAGCUCGCGCACGACGUUCGAUUCGACCCGAAUUUCGCCCACACCCGCAUCCCACACCACGAACUACACAACCUUCGCUUCGUCGCAAAAGGGUCAGGCACCGUCGUGUUUCAGGCUGUCUUCAACAACGUGGUCAUUGCAGUCAAGCAGCUCCUGCCAUCGCAAUGUGGAUCGCUGCUGAUCGUAUCGGACUUCAUGCGAGAAAUCCGCCUCGCCGCCACGUUGGAGCAUCCCAACAUUGUCGGGUUCGUCGGGUUAGCAUGGACCGAAGGCUCCAGCUUGGCCGAUCUCUCGCUCCUCACGGAAUUCAUGCCGAACGGUAAGCUCGAUCAUGUGCAUCACAAUAUGGCUGUGGCUACAAUGCUGCACGCGUGUAUUUGGGGAAUAAUCCAUGGCGUUGUGGGGGAGCCCUGGAACAACCGGUGCACCUGGUUUGGCUUUGUUGGAACUGGACGAGGUCACAUGCAAAAUGUAUUCAACCUAGGGGAUCUGAUGGGCUUCCUCAAGUACGAGAAGAAGACUCCUGCCGCCGACCGACGUCUGCGACCGACUUGGGAUGCACCGGUACGUGGCAACAUGCUUGUUUGCUUUAGGAAUGCCGCCGCUGGCUGAAUGAGAGAGACUCCAUGAUGACGCUUUUCAACCUGUGGCGCAACAGCCUGCGGUGAUAUUCUGUGGCAGAACUUGUGUCUUGUGAUGGCUCGUUCGCGUCCUCAUGGUGAUGUCCUGGACAACAGAAUCCUCUGGCAACCCCUGCCUCCAGCAUACGCACCACAUUCAGCAACGGCGGCCAUUCGUCGAGUCGCCACCGCAUGCGGCGGGAAAUGAUUGAACAAGGCACAUCGAAGGCCAGCCUCGCAGCUGAAGUCGCCGACGCCUUGGCGUAUCUUCACUCAUUCCAGCCGACGGUAGGUUGGCCGCAUGUCUUGUCCAUCCUUCUUCGCGUAUGUGCCGCGUGUGGCUAACUUGAGGUGCAGGUCAUCCACCGCGACCUCAAGUCCAAGAACAUUUUGCUCAGCCGGACGUGGAAUGCCCGCCUGAAUGACUUUGGGUACAGCCGCGUGACGAGCCAAGACGACUUGAUGACAAUGAACGUCGGGACGAUUGCGUGGAUUGCGCCCGAGGUGCUAACUGGCGGCAGGUACACUGAACAAGCAGACAUUUACAGCUUCGGCGUACUCCUGAGCGAACUGGACUCGCUUCAACCUCCGUACACCGAUCUCACGCGAGACUACAUUGAAGAGCACCACAGCGAACUCUCAAACGACCUACACCAUCCCAAGGUCAAGGCGAAGGCCAAGAACCUGAGCAACGCGUUCAUUGCAAUGAGUGUCGCGGAAGGGAAGCUCGCGCCGACGUUCACCAACUUCAUUCCGCACGAACUGCUCGUGCUGGCGCGGGAGUGUCUCUCCCACGCCCCGCAAAACCGACCGACGGCCAUUGAGCUGUCAUUUCGCCUGCGGUCGUUCAUCGUCGGCGACUAGUGUAUAUGUUUCGACCUAACUUAAUUCUUUACCGUGUACGGA